CCCCCACACACACACUUUACAUCCUUCUACUGUCGCUUCAAUUUUAUCUUCCUCUCUUCCUUCCUUCCCUCUUUCGUUUUUCACAUUCUCACUCUCUAGUCCAGCUCUUCUUUUUGCUUGACUCUCCCACCCCACCCGUGGACCCCAAACGGAACCCAGCCAGCGGCUACACAACCUUAAAACCCUCGGGGUCGCGUUCUUGUCCGUGGUUCUCACCUCCAUCCCUCUCCUCUCGUGAACCACCCUUGGAUUGCUCAGUCUUGGUCUUUGAGUGGUGACGAUACUGCUUUCAUCUCCUCUCCAUUCCACUCGGUCAAUACUCUUUGUGAUCGUGGAUUGUGGAGUGUUGACCCGCCCAGCCUCUCGGCCCAGUGCUGCCAACAAAAUCCACUUGGUUCGCUUGGUUCGCUUGGCCGCUCGGAGCAAUUCGUACUUUGGCAUCGCCGCUCCUCCUUGCGUGCUGUCUUUGCCUUCCUGCAUCAACGUGCUGCCUCGCCGAUUUCUUACCUGUGGUGUGGCGGCUGGGACAGACAAGCUCGAUUGAUGUUCUGUUUCUGAGCCCUGCUUGCGCUGUGCGAUCAUUGAUCGUAGCUACCCUUCCCUCCUCUCCGUCGGCCUCGGUCCCGACGUAUACGAGACAAUCGGUCCCGAGACGAUUCCACCCCUGAUUCUUCGGACAAUCGCCUUUACCACCAUUGAAUGUCCAGGAUGUUGACCGACGAACAGUCCGGUCGAAACCGGCUACCGCCAAUGUUGACCUCCCCUCCACCGCCGAAAAGACACAAGUCCGAAUCAACUCCCGCGAGCGAUGCCGGUCGCCCCUCACGAUAUUACCACUCUGGAUCGGUGCCCUCGAGCCAACGGUAUCAUUCCUCGUCCAUUCCCGCCAGCGACCGCUAUGGAUCCUCGUCAAUUCCUCCCAGUGAGCGCUAUCAAUCUUCAUCAAUUCCGGCCAGUGAUCGGUAUCAUGGUCCCUCGGUCCCAGCCAGUGAACGAGCUCGGUCGCGCCAAACCUCAACCGCCAUGGAUAUCUAUAUGAUUACAGACCGGAAUCCCUCGGACAAGGAUGGCGAUCGAAGAGUUGGCCGUUUUCUCAGCAAUGGUUCGGUCGCAUCACAAACAUCACAGGCCUCUCGCGCCUCUGGCUCAUCACCGCCCAUCAUAGUCUCCAAUCGCAAAAUCCCCGAAAAGUACCCUCCGUAUAAAGAAAAUAAUCGCAUGUAUCAUUCCUACCGCAAAGGCACCUACAUGCUACCCUGCGACGACGAAGAACAAGACCGCCUCGACAUAUUCCAUAAGCUUUUCACGGUCGCCCGAGUAUCAGAUGGCUUGAUAUAUGCACCACAUCCCAACAAUUCUCGCAUCCUGGAUUUGGGUUGUGGGACUGGAAUCUGGAGUAUUGAAGUUGCCAACAAAUAUCCCGAUUCAUUCGUCGUUGGUGUAGAUCUCGCCCCCAUCCAACCACAAAAUCAUCCCAAAAACUGCGAUUUUUACGCUCCAUUCGAUUUCGAAAGUCCUUGGGCCAUGGGCGAGGAUUCCUGGGAUCUCAUUCACAUGCAAAUGGGAAGUGGCAGCGUCUCCAGUUGGCCCAGUCUGUACAGGCGGAUAUUCUCACACCUGCGCCCGGGCGCAUGGUUCGAACAAGUUGAAAUCGAUUUUGAACCGCGCUGCGACGACCGAUCGCUCAGUAAUCUCGCCCUUCGUCACUGGUACACAGCCCUGAAGCGCGCCACGGAGUCAACGAUGCGUCCGCUAGCUCAUAGCUCUCGCGAGACGAUUCGCAAUCUGCAAGAAGCCGGGUUCACGGAGAUCGACCACCAAAUGGUCGGACUCCCCUUGAAUCCUUGGCAUGAUGAUGAGCACGAGCGCAAAGUCGCCAGCUGGUACAACCUGGCCAUCUCGGAGAGUGUCGAGACUCUCAGUCUCGCACCCUUCAGCCGGGUGUAUGGUUGGCCCAUUGAGAAGAUUAAACGCCUUGCGACGGACGUGAAGACCGAGGCUUUCAAUAAAGAUCUGCGCUGCUACAACAUCUUGCAUAUUUACCAGGCUCGCAAGCCACUCGCCAACUAAAGUAUUCUUCUCUAGUGAUGAUUUACGAGUGGAGGUGGUUUCCCACGAGACUUGUGGGCGAUCCACGGCUUUGCCAUGAUGACGACUUGCUAUAUCUGUUCAAAGUCUUUUCUUGUUGCAUGUUUUGCAUUGAAGUGGCGUUCGGGCUGGAUCCGGAGGGUUCUUCAUUUUGUUCUUCUAUUUCCAUGUUUGCGGCUUGUGUGGUAUAUACCCAGGUGGUCUCACCUAAGCUUGUGGUUGAGUUUGCUAUGUCUGACGAUAUGUCAAUAUGAAUAUUCAAGACUCGAACGAGUUUUCAUGUAGUCUCUAGGGCUGUAAAUAUGUCCACGUAGUUAUGAUCUUU